UGAAAUUUACCUAUUUUCCAGAACAUUCCAGAUAGAUUCAGUGCUGAGUAAACUUGGAGUAACUUCUAGAAUUUUCUAGAACUUUCUAGUAAUAUAAAUAGUAGUAUAAAUACAGGGGCCUUAAGCCCACCAGUUCAGUUUAGUUCCAGCUGCCUAAGUGGAUACAUAUCUGCAUUUUUCUGAGAUGGCAUCAAGAGGCUGCAAGCAUCCGGCAGACGCAUUUCGCUAUGUCUGCGGCCAAUUUAUCAAGACAAGAGCGAAAAAGUACUCUGUGGAAGCAUCUGCUAAGAUGUGUGAGGCCUACAAGGCAUAUUUCGGCAUGCCUGUCGGGGAUCAAGACAAACCCUGGGCACCUCAUUUCACCUGCGAGCACUGCAAAAAAACUCUGGAAGCUAACAGCAUCAUGGCAGAUAAGAGACAGCGGGUGAGAAUCCAGGGCUCCUGGGCUGGGCCAGCCAGGAAGCCAGCCCCCGGCCUGCCAGCAGCUACUGGAAGUGGUGGGAGAGCUAGCCUGCCCUGUGCGGUCGGCAGUGCCUGGGGUGGAGCGGAGAGGACGUUUGAGUUUCAGCAGCCCACACAGGUGAAAAGGAAAGUGCCAGAGGUGGUGAUCAUGGAGAAGGAAGGAGAGUUCGAGAUCAGUCAGGGCCCCUCAGGAGUGUCCAGGCUGCGUCUCAUUCCCUCUUUCCUCCCUGUCAGCGAGGCGGACUGGAUGUUUGCACAGCUCUUAGCAGAUCUCCCCUGGAAGCAGAAAUCAAACCUGCUGCAUGGAGAGUCCUAUGAGGAGCCCAGGCUGACCUGCUGGUUUGGAGAGCUGCCCUACACCUACUCCCACUCCACCCUGCAGGCCAACACACAGUGGCACCCUGUGUUGGCAGAGCUGCGGCAACGUAUGGAGCUGGCAUCAGGACACUCCUUCAACUCUCUGCUGUGUAACCUGUACCGGGACGGCAAGGACAGCAUCGCCUGGCACAGUGACUCUGAGCCCUCCCUGCGGCCACGGCCCACUAUCGGCUCCCUCAGCCUCGGGGACACCCGCAAUUUCGAGAUGCGCAAGCAGCCUGCUGCAGAAGAAGACGGAGACUACACGUACGCAGAGAGGAUCCGAGUCCCUCUUUCUCAUGGGACGCUGUUGCUUAUGGAGGGGGCAGUGCAGGAGGACUGGCAGCACCGGGUGCCCAAAGAAUACCACGACAGGGGCCCUCGGAUAAACCUGACAUUUCGGAUGAUCUACCCUGAGCCGGGACCACGCUGAGGGAGGGGUCUCCCCAGUAUAGCGGAGUCCGUGUCCUGCACCCCCAGACACUGCGAUGCCAAUCUGAGUUCUGCACAGCUAUUGAAUACACAGCUGGCAAGGAAACACAGGGGACUGGGAAUAAAUAGUUUAAAAAGAACAUGUUUAUUUUGGGACGUGAGCUCUUUCACUUUAUUAGAGUGUUUUUAUGUUGCUAUUAUUAAACUGUAUGAUACACAUGAAUGCGUCUGAGUCUCGUUUAGCUCAGGGUUAUAUUUGGAGCUGGCUGUAAUGACCAGUCAGGAAUCUGUUAUCGGUAGCACUUACUGAAAAAACAUUUGGAAUCAAACUCUAAGCUCUCAAACACAAGACUAUAUUCGGGGUCUGUGUGGUACAUGCAGUUACUCCAAUAGGCUGUAUCAGUUUACCUGGGGUAGCCCUGCUGGGACAUCCUGUUUUAGUGUCCGGGUCCUCUGUGCGAGCCUGUCUUUCUGUGACCUGAGGAUGUGGGUCAAAUCCUUGCCAUCCGUUCCAUUACUCCACUCAAUUUUAUAUUCAGUUCUGAAAGAAACUAAGUUUAGCUAAAGAAACAUUUUGAUAAAAACUGUCAUGCUUACUAGUGUCUUGCAAAAAUUGAGAUCAUAUUCAAUUGGUGGGUGCCAGUUUAGGAGUAAGUUAGUUACUAUAAUCAACUGCUUAAAAUACUAAAACAGUAACUUACUUGUUUGUGCUGUUGUCUUGCCUCCUUUUGCUAAAUGGUUAAUUUGUGCAGCUAAUGACACAAUGAUCUCCGUGCAUGCUGUAUCACUGCCAUAUGCAUAUAUAUUUCCAAAACUUUCUUCAAUCAAGUAAACCACAAUUUCAUUUUUAAUUCCCUAAUUGUUUUUUCAGCAUUUGCUUCAGUAGAGCAAAAGGUUAUGUCCUACUGCAGGAAACUUGAGUUACUGUGUUUAAUGUUCUACUGUGGUGUACAUGUUUUACAACGUCAGGACUUUCAGUCCUUGGUGAUUGUUAGGGUCUUUCUCAAACAUGCGAUGUGCAGGCUUGAUUUUUAUUUGUAUUUGUUUACAGUACCAACAAUUUGACGCAUUCAUAAAACUUGAAAGUAUUUUUAAAGGGAGAGGCAGCAUGUUUUGUUUGCCAACUGAAAAAAAACAGUUGCCAAAAAGUUUUUAGUCACAUUGGCGACCAUUUUAGUCACUGUGGAGCCCUGCAUACAACACAAACUUUAAAAUUUAAAAGUCUAAUCGUGUCAUACAGGAAACACUAACUACAGUACGUACCUCUUCGGAGAAACACUAGCCUUUUUAUCAAUGCGUUUCAUAUUUCAUAUAAGUGUUUCAUAUGUCAUAUAUAAUGCUAGCAAUAAGCUAAACAGCUACAGUGUAAGUGGAAGACUGUAAAUAUGAUUCUCACAACAGUGCUGGACAUUUGUUUUCUUAACGGUUGUAAUAUAAUUAGAACUUCUGUUUUUCGGUUUUAUUGAUUUCAUUUUUCGGUGCUUAUUUUGAGCUUUUUUCAAAUUUUAUGUAAAUCAUUUUUUUCUGGGCUUUCGCUUUUUAUAUACUGUAUGAAAUUACUGUUUUCGGUUACUUUAAGAAAUUCUAGCUGUUUUUUUCUGUCAAAAUAUGUAACUUGACAGUAUACUUGCACACUUAAGUUGUACCUUCUUUCCUUUGCAGUCUUCCACAACUAAAUCCUUAUGGUCACGGACACAUUCUGAGGUUUUUGUGUGUCUGCAUUUUUUUAAAAUGUGGCCACAAUUUGCAGUUCUGUUUUAAAUCCUCUGUAUCUUUAUUAUUAUUAUUUAUUUAUUAUUAUUUAUUUCUUAGCUGACGCCCUUAUCCAGGGCGACUUAACUGUAAUACAGUUUUAAAUCCUGCAAACAAGCCUCCUUUCCUAAUUGUAAUCUUGUUUUAAAUCUCGCAAGUGGAGUCUCCAAUAGAAAUGUAGGAAUGUGCUGCCACUCAGUAGUUGGGGUGGGUUUAAAUUAUUCAGAACGAAUCAAUGAUAGAUACAAGUCAGGAAGGAGGGACAUUGCCCAACUGCACUGGGGAAGGUAGUUUUUUUUUUUGUUUUUUUUAUGGGAAAGUGGUGGAUAACGUGAAUUGAGUACACUGUUUAUCCUGUGUUUUAUUGGCUAUACACCGAUUUCAUUUCUCGUUUACCGGUUAAAACCGAAAAUCAGAAGCUCUAAAUAUAAUUACGUUUUCCUGCUUAUUUUAAUGCCAGCAAUGAGCCAAGUGAAGUUUGUAAGCAUUUUGACAUGUAAGUGUCUUCAGGUGCUUUACUUACUAUUACAGCAAUAAGAGUCUGUUUGAAAAUAUUGGCUUUAAUUAAAAAAAAAAUUAAAAUGUGGUUAUAUUUAUUAAUUUACUUUUCAACUAUCAACAUUAUAUUUAUGUUUAAAUGUUAUGUUUAAUUACCAAUAAAUUGAUAAAUAGUGGGGAAAAAACAGAAUUGGUCUUUUUUGAAAAAUGGAAUUUGCUGUUCCCCAGAAUGGAAAUUCAGUAGCCCUACAUUGCUUGACGGGGUCAGACAUUAGCCAGCAUCACACACACACUGUGGACUCUUCUGAACAUUGCCUAACAGGGAACACUUUUGGCAAUAAAUCAAUUUCCCUCUGAAAGACCUUUUACCAGGUUCAGAUUGACUGAGUAAAACAACAUUAACAAUCACAUAGUGUACAAGUACAAAUAUAGCAGUCAAAAUGUCAGUAUUACACUGAAUCAUUUUAAUGGUGUUGCCAUUGAGUCAGCAUUGAUGUUUGAAACAUUUACAUGUAUAUAACAUGAACACAAGGACUUCCUCCCCCCAGAGAUUUAAGGUCUUCAGGAACACACUGCAUUUAUUUGUAUUAUUCCCUGUGUUAUGAAACGCUAUGCUAUGUACGACCUACAAGAGUUUUCUUGUUCAUGAGUUUUCAUUUAUGAUUCGUUUGACAAAAGAAAAAUGACUUUUAGGAGAAAAGACUUUUAUUCUGUGAAUGAAGAUCAGAGUUUCACUGUCCAGAAUACUCUCCACCCAGCACCUUCAACUAAUAUCUCAGAGAACUCUCCUCCCCAGCAGCACCUUCAACUGCUAAUAUCUCAGAGAACUCUCCUCCCCAGCAGCAUCUUCAACUGCUAAUAUCUUGUAUACAAUUUCAGAGGCCCACUUCCUAUUUUCUGCGUUAUGGAAACUCCUCUUCCAUGAUGUUUGAGAUUAUACUGUAAUUUGUAUUGUAACCACUUUACCAACUGUAGCCUAUGAUUCAAAGGAUUCUACAGUGAACCAUGGAUAAGACAAAAAAAAAAAACAGUUUCAGAGCGAAAUAUAUAAACAACAGUGUUGUACGGGGGGACACUCAAAUUUUUACAUAAAUAGUUCUAUAUUGUAGUGGUUGCUUUGCAGUAUUUAAUGUAAGAAUAUACUUUUACCCUUUUACAUUUUAAAUAGUGAGCAGAUAGGUUUGUUGAUUGUUUGAGUAGUAUUGUUCCUUGGGAUAACAAAAUACUGAGCUCAAGUCAUUUGAUUUCAUAAAAACACAAUGUGCUCAGUGUUUGGUAUUUGAGUUGAGUUAAAAUUGCUUAUUAAUAAUCUGUAUAAAUGGCCAUUCGAAAAGACAUGAUUUUAAUUAAUGCAAGAACAGUGAAAGAUACAACCAUGCCCCGCUUGAGUAAUGAAGAUCGCCUGGUUGCUAUCGGCAUGAUUGAAGGCAGGCUGUCUGUGUGAGAAGUUGCCUGGAGAAUGAGAUGUUCUGCUUCAACAAUCAGCAGACUAGUCCAGAGAAACCAGGAAACUGGCUCUGUGAGGGACAGGCCAUGCCCUGGAAGGCAGAGGGUCACCACACUGGCCCAGGACUGGUGGGGCGGUGGAAGUGUAAUGAUGUGGGGAGGAAUCUCCUUUAACACAAGAACGCCUUUGGUACAGAUUGAGGGCAACCUUACUGCUCAGUGAUACAUUGACGCUGUCCUUGAGGCAACAGCUUUUCCGUUCCUGCAAGCCAAUCUGGAAGUGUCGAUUUUCCAGCAGGACAAUGCAAGACCAUACAGUGCUAGGAUUACAAUUGCACGACUUCAAGAAAACAAUGUCAAGGUCUUGCCAUGGCCAGCUCUUACUCCUGACCGAGUCCAAUAGAACAUCUGUGGGACCAAAUCGCCAGUGCCAUCCACAGGAGACAACUGCGACCAGCCAACCUUUGCCGGCUGGCUGCAGCUGCACAGGAAGAGUGGCGGAACAUCCCACAGCAGUCUAUCCAGAGGCUGAUCAGAUCUAUGCGUCAACACUGCCAGGAUUGUGUUAAUGCUCAGGGAGGUCAUACCCGAUACUAACUUUGUAAUGUUUUCAUUUUGACAGUGUGUCACGUUUCAUACUGAAAACUUAUGAUUCUUUGAUGUGUAUUUUUGUUCACAGUUUCUGUGAUUUUGUUUAUAUAUCUAUGUUUAAAAUAUUUGAUUAAAUCCAUUAGACCCGA